UCACUAAUCUCAUCUCUCAAUAUCAAGAUGUCGUUCUUCGCUGGAAAUCCCUUUACCACCCCGGUGGGACAGAGGGUUGACCAGGCCACUGAUGCCUCCAUGGCAUCUGAGAACUGGGCCCUGAACAUGGAGAUAUGUGACAUAAUCAAUGAAACAGAUGAAGGCCCCAGAGAUGCCAUCAAGGCAUUGCGCAAGAAACUGACCAAUAAUGUUGGCAAGAACUGGACGGUGGUGAUGUACACCCUGACGGUCCUAGAGACAUGUGUGAAAAACUGUGGCAAAAGAUUUCACAUUCUUGUGGCAAACAAGGAUUUUUUACAUGAGCUGGUGAAGAUAAUUGGACCAAAGAAUGACCCUCCGACUGUUAUCCAAGAGAAGAUUUUGAGUUUAAUACAGACUUGGUCUGAUGCUUUUAAAGGUGCUGUUGAAUUGAAAGAGGUAGAAAAAGUUUACCAGGAAUUGAAAAGCAAAGGAAUUGAGUUCCCAAUGACAGAUUUAGAUAGUAUGGCACCUAUUCACACUCCAGCAAGGACUGUUCCAGAAAUGGAUCCGGCUUCCUCCCCAGUAAGACAACCUUCUUCAAGGGCGGCCCAGUAUGCCCCCCAGGGUCAGUACCCCCCUCAGCAGGCUCCCCAACCCCAGGGGCGUCCUCAGACUCUUCAGCAGCAACCCCCUCCACAAAUGAUGGGUGGACCAGUGAACCUGGCUCCAGAACAGAUGGCCAAGUUGAGGAGUGAGGUGGAUAUUGUGAUGGGAAAUGUCAAGGUCUUUGGGGAAAUGCUCACAGAAAUGACUCCAGGGCAGGAAAACAGGGAGGACCUAGACCUACUACAGGAACUAAAUCGAACUUGUCGCCAAAUGCAACAAAGAAUAGUGGAGUUAAUAGAGAAAGUAGCAAAUGAGGAAGUCACAGAGGAGUUAUUGAGAGUGAAUGAUGACCUGAACAACUCCUUCCUGAGAUAUGAGAGAUUUGAGCGUUACAGAACAGGACAGCAGACUCCGACUUCAGAGCAGGUACCUCCCCCCCAGCAGCCUGCUCAAAACUUCCUCCCCCCAUCAUACCCAGCUACACAAGCUACACAACCUCCCACACAACCUGCAACAGCUUCAUUGAUAGACUUUGGAGACACUCCCUCUUCUGAACCACAAGGUGCAAAUCCAAAUGACAUCCAUGUUCGUCUAGCCAAUAUGAAUGUAGGAGGAAAUAGUGUCAGUUCUACGCUGAAUGCUCUAGAUAGAACUGGUGCUAGCACGGCCCAGGAUGAGGAGUUUGACAUGUUUGCUCAGUCGCGGCAAUCUUUUGAACAGAAUAAACAGCAACUGAAUGAUAGGUCGUAUAACUACGAUGCUCAAAACAAGCAAGACAGUUUUACAGGUGGACUGGGAGCCGCCGUGUCAGCUAAAACUAAUCCUAAUGCUGGAAAUGAAGAGGAUGAUGAACCAGAGCUACUAGCUAAAGAUGGAGAUUUUGAUGAAAUGGAAAGCUGGUUAAGAACAGAGGAUGGUCAAAAACCGGAAGAACCAGUUACUAGUACAGAGUUCGACAGAUUUUUAGCAGAGCGAGCAAGAGCUGCAGAAUCAUUACCAGAUAGUAACUCUGGAAGCACAACGAGGUCAGGACGGCAGCUGCAGAAAGACGAAACAGAAAAUGCACUCUUUGCCUUAUAGAGGAAGAAGGGAUGCUGUAACAUUGCCAUAAUUUUUUUUAAGCUUGGUUUAAAUGUAGCAGCAUAGAUCAAAAUAUUCAGAUCAUUGCAAUAUAUCCAUGCUAUCUGUAACAGUGCACCACAGGGUCAUAACCUUGAAACCUUUGAACCAGACUACUUUCUAUUACUGCAUCAGCAUCCAAGCUUACAAUGGACUUGUGUUGGAAGCUGUAGAUUAUUCCAGUUAAAAUUUAUAUAUGAUUUAUAUGUAUAUAUACAUACACACAAACAUACACAUUCAUUUUGUAAAGAGAAGGGGACAAGCUAGUAGAUAAGAAAAUAGAGGAUUACAGAAAUGACAUUCAAUUGUAAACACAGUUUACUGUUUGUGGUAUCUAGUGUUUUGUAAGGCAGUUGCUGAAAAGUUAUCAAAUUACAGUGAAAUGUAAUAUCUGCCAUCUUUAUGUUUUUAAGACAACCUGAAGUACACAUUUAAAUAUUCUAGAGAAUUUAUAAUGUUGAACAGACGUGUAAUUAUCCAUAAAUAUAGUCAGAGGAGUAACAGUUACUGUAGUGCUAAGUCUGUAAAAUGUACAUAGACAUCACAAAAAGAAUACUUAAGAAUCCCUAUCCUGAGCAUAGUAUCACUCUUAAAGUGCUUGUAAAUUUCUUAUACACUGGUUGUGUUUUACCACAUAUGAUGUUAUUUAAAGUUGCCAUAUGAAGGGAAAGCUUGCACCCUUAAUUAAAACCGCGCGUUUCACAAUUCCCAGAAUUCUGUUAAUAUUAAAGUCCCCUUAAAAGCUUUACUCAGUAUUGGUUAAUGUUGUUAUGGAAUGUAAAUAUUAUUACCAUUUAGACAGCAAUGUUGUAAUCUUAAUUCAUAUCACUUAGAUGAUGCCAAAAAUGAUACCUAUUUAUUUUAAAAUACAUGAAAAUAGUUCUUGAUUGAUAAGUGCUGGUCAUUGACAUCAGUCCAUUGGAUUUAGACUAAUACUGAAUACAUUGUUACAUUAGGAGCUCUUAGUAUUCAGAUGAAUAGGUGGUCAGAAAGUAGUCUAAUGGCAAUGGGUGAUGUUUCCCUGUCGGGUAAUGCUGGGGGCAUUUGCUUUCUUUCGUCAAAAUAAAUGUAAAAUUGAUUUUUCCCCCUCUCAUUUCAUCCUUGGUUACUGUACAUUUACCAUGAAUUGGAUUCAGGUAAUCAGGAUAAGUGUUUUCAUGUCAACUUUGUAAUACUAUGUUAAAUUCGCCCUGCAUGAACAUCAUUUUCAAUCAUGUUAGCUGUGAUCAUGGUCAACUUAACGUUUUUGUAUUUGUUUCAGUUGGUUGUAUGUCCUCCUUUUGAUUGUAAAUUAGUUUUGAUUUUCAUUUUUACAUCUUUUAGCAGAGCUGUUAUGGUAUGCUUUUGCCCAGGUGUAAAUGGAUCAUUGAAUCACAAUAAAUACUUGAUUUUA